AUGACGAUUGCUUACUCGAGUCUACGACGAUUGUGUACUCGAGGACUCUUAGUCCCAAGGUGGCACAUCGAGGAGGACCCAAACGUGGACUACGAGAUGCUGAUCAGAGGAUUACUAGCCUGUGCUGAACAUGCCUCGAAGCCGCGCACGACAAACUUGGAUCGAAUUUCGAAGACCACCAAGGAAUUGUUGGAAAGAAGAAGGGCUUUGAGGCUUGAUCCGAAUGCAUCGCACAUUGAGCGGUUAGUAGCAAAUACUAGCUGCAGAAAAGUGCUGCAGGAGGAUCUUUUGAAAUAUAGACAGAAGAAGAUUUUGGAAGCAGCACAAAGAAGAAUGAGUCCAAAGAAGUGCCGCAGGGAUCUCCGCGAAUAUAAUAUUUUACUAGCAGUCUUGCUAAGCAAAGAUGGGACUCGCAAGUCUUCUCGUUGUGAGAUGGAAGUCAUUACGGAGAGGUUCUACUCGAACCUUUUCCGUUCAUCAACUCCUGUGUUAAGCCUGAUCAUCCCCACUGGUGAAGUUCCACCACGGAUACUCCCUUCGAAAGUACGAGUCGCUAUCAAGAGCAUGAAACCUGGCACAGCCCCCGGACCUGAUUUUAUAUCAGCAGACUUUCUUCGGGCUAGUGGCCAUCCGCUUCAUGUAAUCUUAGCAGCGCACAUGACAUCCUAUCUUCAGAAAGAAAGGAUCCCAGACCAGUGGAAGACCUCGCGAACCGUUCUUAUCCAUAAGAAAGGUGACCGAGAGGACCUUCGGAACUACCGUCCGAUAUGCUUGCUGAGCGUGUUAUACAAAGUGUCCACCAAGAUCAUCCUCACACGCAUAUCUAGGACGCUGGAUGAAGUCUAG